ACUGUGCCUGAUUUGUGGCCAAUGUUGGAGAUGUAAAAAAAAAAAAACGAAGCGAAAGAGAGGGAGGGAGAGGAGAGAGAAGAAGGAGGGAGGAGAUGGGGGAGGAGGAGGAGAAGGGGGGGAGGAAAAACACUAAAGGGGUAGCUAUGGAGAUGGAGCGUUUUCCUGGCUGCUUUCUUUGACAGGUGUUGAGUGGGGCAAAAGUCUUAAAACAGAAUCCAGCAUGUACGCCAAAGGUAAAGGAGCUGUCGUCCCUUCCGAUAGCCAGGCGAGAGAAAAGUUAGCUUUAUAUGUGUAUGAGUAUUUGCUGCAUGUCGGCGCACAGAAAUCAGCACAGACCUUCCUGUCAGAGAUCCGAUGGGAGAAGAAUAUCACACUUGGGGAACCUCCAGGAUUUUUACACUCAUGGUGGUGUGUAUUCUGGGAUCUGUACUGCGCUGCCCCGGACCGGAGGGAGACAUGCGAACAUUCCAGCGAGGCCAAGGCUUUCCAUGACUAUAGUGCGGCUGCUGCCCCCAGUCCAGUGAUGGGCAACAUGCCUCCCAAUGAUGGCAUGCCAGGAGGACCCAUGCCCCCAGGCUUCUUUCAAGGUCCCCCAGGAUCUCAGCCUUCCCCUCACACGCAGCCUCCUCCUCACAACGCCAGUAAUCCCAUGAUGGGACCUCACGGACAGCCAUUCAUGUCUCCACGGUACCCAGGCGGCCCCAGGCCCUCCCUCCGUAUGCCAAAUCAGCCUCCUGGGAGCAUUCCAGGGUCACAGCCCCUCCUGCCAAACAGCCUGGACCCCACCAGACCUCAAGGGCAUCCAAACAUGGGAGGUCCAAUGAGAAUGAAUCCCCCCAGAGGCAUGGGAGGCAUGGGCCCACAGAACUAUGUUGGGGGUCCUGGUGGCAGAGGCCCAUGGCCGAACCCCAACACCAACUCAAUAGCUUACUCAUCUUCAUCUCCAGGCAACUAUGUGGGCCCUCCAGGGGGAGGCGGCCCACCAGGAACUCCCAUCAUGCCUAGCCCCGGAGAUUCAACAAACUCAAGUGAAAACAUCUACACAAUGAUGAACCCAAUCGGCCCUGGUGGAAAUAGACCGAAUUUCCCAAUGGGGCCUGGUCCUGAUGGGCCAAUGGGUGGGAUGGGUGCCAUGGAGCAGCAUCAUAUGAAUGGAUCAUUAGGCUCUGGUGACAUGGAUGGGUUGCCAAAGAAUUCUCCCAACAACAUGGCAGGCAUGAACAAUCCCCCUGGCACUCCACGGGAUGACGGCGAGAUGGCAGGCAACUUUUUAAACCCAUUCCAAAGUGAAAGUUAUUCACCCAACAUGACGAUGAGUGUGUGAUUUUUAUUUUAUUUUAUUUUAUUUUUUUAUUUUACUUUUUUCAUCCCCUCCUUUUCCUAAUCUCCCUCUCCCUUUGGCCCUGGUGCGUCUUGUAUUACCUUCCUACCUCCCUCCCUGCCUCCUCUUCCUCGUGGAAGAUGUGCUGUGCCACACAGCCCUUUGAGAUGCCCCUGGACAACAGGACUCCCCUCAAGGUCUCCCAUCCCAGUGCCUGUAGAAUGGGUAUAAGAACAUGAAAUGGCCUCCAAGCAACAGCAAGGAUCUCCUCUCUGCUUCUCUCUGCCUGCCAGCCCCUGUCAAGGGUCUUAGGACAGUGAGAGCCUGAACCUGUUCCACGCCUGUCUCUCCCAAACCCAAAACCUGCCCUCAUGGGUGGCAUUCAAGACCAAUCAAGAUGCCCCUCUGUACCUACCAAAACCCCAUUAUAUCAUGCUGAUCAUAACUUACGGGGGUACGCAGUAGUUGACUGACAGGGGCUGAAAACUCUCAAUCAAACACCCCUCCUGCUCCUGUGGCAGAAAAGAAAAUAAGUAAUGAACUGAUAAUGUUAUUUUAUGGCAAGAAUGGUUUUCAUUAAAUGUUUGUAUUAUUUGUUGCUGAUGAUAAUAUUAUUGCUAUAAUUUUCAUAAUUGAUAUUAUUCUACUAAUGUAGUUAUGAUUUCCUGUAAAGGGCACAUUUGAUCUCAGCAGCAGCAUCAACAAUGACAGAAUAAGCACAUGCUCAGAAAAUGCACAAUGAUUAUCUGUUUACAGAUUUUAGGUUAUUUGUUUGCGUUGUUUUUGUCACAGUCUGUCUUACGUCACAUACCUCUCCUUAAAACCUUCUGAGCUUAUAUCCUGUCUUUGCCUUCUAAAUGUUUGUAGCACCAUUUCUAUGAACUUUCAAAGUAAAAGUGAUCAGAAUAAUUGAUUAUGUUCACCUAAUGAAGUAGUUUGUGCCAAGGUGUUUACUGUAUAUCUUGGCUAAAACUAUUCAUGCAGUUAAAUCAGAGACUUUCACAGAGCAUUGAUGUUUUCUGGCACAAGGUGUCUGUUGAUGCACCUGAAUGGAUGUCUAGCUCUCCUGUCUUUAUUAGCACCCUUUCUCACUAUGAUUUUACUGCAACACAGUGGCUCUGCUGAAACCCUAAGAUGAUGUCAGGACAUGCCAGUUCUUGUUCACUAACAGAGCAAGAGAGCAGUUUGUGGAUCUCUUCUAUAGUUUGGUCUUGUCUGUAAAUACAACAUAUUUACUAUAGCUUGUAUUGUGGUUGUUUUAUUAUUUGCUAUAUACACAUUGUCUGUGAAUCCUAAAAAGUGGUUCCUUCCUCGUCUUCACUUUGUUUGAUUUCAGCCUCACUGUGGACUCCCAAGUGGUACUGUUUACCCUUCCAGGACUCAUUCUGGUCUCUCACCAGGGUUGAACUUGCAGAUCCUCUAGGAUCCACUUUCUCAACUCAGACAAAAUGGGCUAAAACUGUCUCUUUGGAGCUCCCAUCAACUGGUUCUCUCAACAAGUCCUUUAUGCGUGGGAUGGUGGAUCCAGUGUACUGGGGAGGUGUAGCAGCUCUGAUGAUUGGAGCAGAGAGAUGCAUGUUAAGAGACCACAUGACUCUAAAAAAGAGGAACAAUGAUGGUUUGUAGAUUGUUUUCAGCAGAUGUUUAUUUUAAAUGUAUUCAACUGAGGAAAAAAAAUGAAAGCCCAUUGAAUCUGCACACAAAGAAAAAGCAUAUUAUGCUAUUUGUUUCUUUCUGUAUGGUAUGUACUUCUGGCUUGAUUAAAUCUCUGUCACUGUGUCAAAGGGAUGAAUUAUCUCAUGGCAUCACUGCAGCACCUAUGUCAUGGCUGUGCUCAAACCAACAAUAACAGCCAUUGUAGCCUCAGUGGGUGAUGGUGAUGUACUAAUCAAUUUUCUGAUAUCAA